AUGUCCGGUGCGGCCGCGUCACUUCCGGUGCGGCCGCGUCACUUCCGGUAUACCAUUCUGACAAGGUAUAGUAAUCUGACGGAACACCGCCUCCUGGGGCUCUCCCCCGGGCUGGCCCCCGCCUGGCUGUCAGUGCGCGGUCUCAGCCAGGGCCCCCGGCUCGGGGCGGCCAACAACAACAACAACCACCGGCGAAACGGCCCCCGGCCCGCGCCGCCCCUGCUGCGCUCCCGCACGGCCUACUACGACAUCCUGGGGGUGAGCAGCGGCGCCAGCCAGGCCCAGGUCAAGACCGCCUACUACAAGCAGUCCUUCCGCUUCCACCCGGACCGCAACGCCGGCAGCGAGGAGGCCGCACUGCGCUUCGGGGAGGUGACCGAGGCCUACCACGUGCUGGGCAGCCUCAGCCUGAGGAAGAAGUACGACCUGGGCGUGCUGAGCCUGGAGGAGGCCCGCAACGCCGGCAAGCCCAGCGGGAGGGCGGGCAGCCCGGCCAGGACAGGGCCCGCGGGCCGCACGGAGGGCAGCAGCAGCCCCAGGACCCCCUCCAAGGCCAUGUUCAACUUCGACGCCUUCUACCAGGCCCACUACGGGGAGCAGCUGGAGAGGGAGCGGCUGCAGAGAGCCCGCAGGGCCUACAUGGAGAGAGUGCGGAGACAGCCCAGCCAGAAAUACCCCUUCCACCAGCUGAGCGAGGUGUCCGCCCUGCUGCUCUUCCUCACCGCCGCUGCCUUCUUCUUCUCAUUGAAAUGACCCCAGCUGCUCAGAAACCUGCCCUUACACAAUGUCCUGCCCCCCGUGCUGGGGGUCUGGGGACAUUACUCGCUUUACCAAACCCAUCUGUUUGGGGUCCACAGGUAGCAGUCUGUAUUAAGUUGUUAUGGUGGAAACAAGACACUUGACACCCACGCUCUGCUGACUACACCAGUUCCUCCUCGUGGAACCCCUGCCCUACCAGUCCAGGAUUCAGGGAUUACCCAGUUGUAUCUAAGGUAUUGUUUUUUAGAAAAAAGAAAAGGGGGGAAAAAAACACCUUGGACACAACAGAGUGAUCCCUAAAUCCUGGACUGGUAGGGCUUCCACGAGGACUGGUUUGGGAACCACUGGACUACACUCUUUCAAGGUUAUUUACUUUGUUCCUUGUGUGGUCUGGAAUUAAAAGGAAAUUUUACACUUUAGGCCAAUAGAGCCAAGCUGAAAAUAUAGCUACCCAGGAGACUUUUAUUUUAUUUUUUUAUCUCCCAGUUUGACAGUAUGGACGUUAAAACAAAAAAAAGUCAUUCACAUCAUCAUGCACCAUAGUGAAUUACCAUGUCUGCAUGAUAUUUUGCACUUUUUCUUAGCUGAGACUUGUGUGAGUGUUAUUUUGAGGAUGAUUUGGUUGUCCUCUCUCUCUCUCCUUCUGGUAGGGGGAAAGUCUCAUCUAAGAUGGCUUUAAAGAAAGGGAUAUUGUGCAAUUAUGAACUUUGUCAACCUGAUUUACCUAUUGUGCACAAGCUGUUUUGACCAUACUCUUGCAAGAGUUCCUUAGCUAUUCAAAAACAUUUAAUUGCACUCCUGUUAAAACAAUGGAAACAAGUUGUAACAUACUUUGCUCAGCAUUUGUUAAAAGAAACAUGGUUUAAUUUGGUGCUGAAACAAGCUGCUCACUUGUAUAUGCUGUUUGCUUUAGAAAUGACUGUACAUAAUUUGCUACAUAUAGGGGGAAAAAAACUUUUAUUGUUGCUUUGCACCAAAAAACAUUGACCGGUACUUUUGGACAAUUUAUGCCCAAUUCUGGUCUACAUGUGUUAAGUGGAAGACAUGGUUGUCCAUAGAUGAAUUACAACACUAUAACUCCUGGGCAAGUAAUAAAAGCCUAGUUGUGACUUGUAUCAUUUUGCUAGUAGAACCAUUUUUAUUUUAUUUUUUUCGUUUCCUGAAGGGAGCUGUGCAGCUGCACGUUAAAAUCUAUGAGAGUGCCUUGUCAAAAGUUGUGGGGACAUGCAUGAGUCUGAGAGCAAGCCCCUUUUGGGAUGACUGGUUUUCGAACACUACCUCCUGGUACAGUUCCUGCUGAAUGUUUGAAAUAGUUUAUUUUACAAUACCAAUUGUAAAUGUAAAGAGUUGUUGUAUAAAACAAAAACUAUUUAAUCCAUGGAGAAAUUAAAGAUCUUUUAAAACCAAGUUUCGGUUUAUAUAAUUUUAUUCUUUUUUCAUGUAUACAUUCUUAAUACCACACUUACAUUGGAGUGAACACUGACUGCAUUUUUAUUUAUUUUUUACUAAUAUUUCAAUGGAAUCAUUUUCGUGGUAGCUAAUCAACUGCAGUGCCCCAAGCUGACAUUCAGUAAUUUUUGACCUGGG